CAUACGUCCUCUCAGUUUAUAUUUUUAUUCCAUUAUCUACAAUCGUUUUGUUAGAAAAAGUACAAAAAUUAAUUAAAUGUAACAGUGCUUGUGAUAUAAAAAAUAAUGAUUCAAGUGCAUCAUAUUUAAAUCAAUUAAUUUUUUUAAAAUCUUAGAAAUGAAUUUAAAGCAGCUAUGGAGAAAUAUCCAUUAAAAGGAAAUUCUACGAUACGUUUAAGUGGUCCUGCUUCUUAUCAAUCGGUUACUAAAAAAGUAAGUAAGAAACGCCCAGGAGACUCCACAAAUCACAUAGUGGAACGAGUGGAUCAUCCUUUGAGCGGCACGAUGCCCUCGGACGGACCCCAACAGCAUAAUCCAGUGUCGGACUCGGGCGAUUUUUCGCCAGACGAAUUCGGCAAACGUAUAUUUCCUCCCGGAUCCACACAGUUGACCCUGGAUGAUGAUAAUGGAUCAGCAAAUUUGGCAAUUAAAUUUGAGGGUCUCUCUAGUGGUGGCAUAUCAUUUGCUGGUAUGCAAGGUGAAAGCGAUGAUAUUCCUGGGAUUGGGCAAUAUGAUGAUUUCCAUACGAUAGAUUGGCAACGUGAUAUAGCCAGAGAUCGAAUGAGACAUCGAUAUAUUGUUAAAAAACGACAAGACUCUAUACUAGACCUGAUAAAGGGUGCCCAUGAUGCCUGGUCAGGUUGGGUGUGUGUUCUCCUAGUCGGGCUGGUGACAGGAGCUAUUGCAGGCGUCAUAGAUAUCGGAGCAAGUUGGAUGACGGAUUUAAAGAACGGUGUUUGCCCACAAGCCUUCUGGUUGAAUAGAGAACAAUGUUGUUGGUCAUUGAAUGAAACAACCUUUGAUGAUGGAAAUUGCUCACAAUGGCUCACUUGGCCUGAGGUUUUUGGACAACCUAGAACUGGAGCGGGGGCUUACAUAAUUGCUUAUUUGUUUUAUAUUAUUUGGGCAUUGAUUUUUGCUUCUUUGGCAGCCUCUUUGGUGCGCAUGUUUGCACCUUAUGCUUGUGGGUCAGGUAUACCAGAGAUUAAAACCAUUCUGAGUGGUUUCAUCAUCAGAGGAUAUCUUGGAAAAUGGACAUUGAUUAUUAAAAGUGUAGGAAUCAUGUUGUCUGUAUCAGCUGGAUUGAGUUUGGGUAAAGAAGGUCCUAUGGUACACAUUGCCAGCUGUAUAGGUAAUAUAUUGUCUUAUUUGUUUCCUAAAUAUGGUCGGAAUGAAGCAAAGAAACGAGAGAUUUUAUCAGCAGCUGCAGCAGCUGGUGUAUCUGUUGCAUUUGGAGCACCUAUUGGAGGUGUGCUUUUCAGUUUGGAAGAGGUGAGCUACUAUUUCCCAUUGAAGACCUUAUGGAGAUCAUUCUUCUGUGCUUUGAUAGCAGCUUUCAUAUUGCGAUCCAUAAAUCCAUUUGGAAAUGAGCACUCUGUCCUUUUCUAUGUGGAAUACAAUAAACCUUGGAUAUUUUUUGAACUGAUACCUUUCAUAGGCCUUGGAAUAAUUGGUGGUGUUGUAGCAACGCUGUUUAUAAAAGCUAAUUUGUACUGGUGUCGCUACCGUAAAUUUUCUAAACUAGGACAGUACCCCGUUGCAGAAGUUUUAGUUGUUGCUGUUGCAACAGCAGUGAUUGCUUAUCCUAAUCCUUACACCAGGAUGAAUACUAGUCAACUGAUUUAUUUACUAUUCAGCCAAUGCGGGAUUUCCAAUUCUGAUCCUUUGUGUGAUUACAAUCGCAAUUUCACUGAUGUUAAAUCAGCUAUAGAAAUAGCAGCAGCUGGUCCUGGUGUCUACCAGGCUGUGUGGUUGCUCCUGAUUGCUUUGGUACUGAAAUUGGGAAUGACUGUAUUUACCUUUGGUAUGAAAGUACCAUGUGGUCUGUUUAUCCCAAGUUUAUGCCUAGGAGCUAUUAUGGGUAGAAUUGUGGGCAUUGGAAUUGAACAAUUGGCUUACUAUUAUCCAAAAUUAUGGUUCUUUUCUGGUGAAUGCUCAACUGGAGACAAUUGCAUCACACCGGGCCUGUAUGCUAUGGUGGGCGCUGCAGCUGUUUUAGGUGGUGUCACUAGAAUGACAGUUUCUCUGGUGGUAAUAAUGUUUGAACUGACUGGUGGUGUACGUUAUAUCGUGCCCUUAAUGGCAGCAGCUAUGGCUUCCAAAUGGGUUGGUGAUGCUUUGGGCAGACAGGGUAUAUAUGAUGCCCAUAUACAGCUUAAUGGAUAUCCAUUCUUGGACAGUAAAGAUGAAUUUGCACAUACAUCUUUAGCUGCAGAUGUCAUGCAACCCAAGAGGAAUGAAACAUUAAGUGUAAUCACUCAAGACUCGAUGACUGUGGAUGAUGUUGAAGGUUUACUGAAAGAAACUGAGCACAAUGGAUAUCCAGUUGUUGUUUCCAGAGAAUCUCAGUAUCUUGUUGGAUUUGUUUUGAGGAGGGACUUAAAUCUAGCCAUAGCCAAUGCUAGACGCAUGAUCGAUGGGAUAACAGGACAAAGUUUGGUACUUUUCAUAAAUGGCCCUACAGUGCAAAGUUUAGGACCUCCACCUUUGAAACUAAAGAAAAUAUUAGAUAUGGCUCCAAUAACAGUGACUGAUCAAACACCAAUGGAAACUGUGGUGGAUAUGUUUAGAAAACUAGGUUUACGUCAGACAUUAGUCACACACAAUGGGCGUUUGCUCGGUGUUAUAACUAAAAAAGAUGUUUUACGACAUGUAAAACAAAUGGAUAAUGAAGAUCCUAAUAGUAUACUUUUUAAUUAAUAUUUACAUAUAUGUAUUAAAUAAUAAAUGUUAAGUUGCAUAAAAAUCCAUAAAACUAUGUAGGUGUACAUUUUAAUGGCUAUUCUUCAUAUACCUAAAUGAAAAGACUAAAAAGAAACCAAUUUUUAAAAUAUUUAGGUAUUUGAUAUAAUACAUAUUUAUUUUAAUAUGAAUAGUAUUUUGUGUAAUUUAAUUGAAGGCAUCACAAAUUAAAUUGUGUAAUUGUUAUA